GGCACCAGCUCGAUGCUGCCUGCCGGCCGCCUGUGCUGCAUUACAGCUGCACGAGACCCGUGCACGUGAAAGCCCUUGCAUCUAGAUACGACGCCGCAGCGACUUGCAGCAAUAGCACAACCGGUGGUUGCACUGACAACACAUAAGCCUACAUCAACCCAGCCAUGCGCCGCCUCGCCUGGACGCUUGGGCUGGCGACGGCGCUCGUCCCGCGCCAACCUACGCAACAACACACCCGCCGCACCGUGCAACAAAAAGCCAACAUCUUCGAGCAGGCCGCCGACGCCGCCUCGAAGUUCUUCGAGGAGCGCGCGCGCCAGGACUCGUUGGCGCUGGCCAAGUUCACGGAGGGCCUGGAAAAGUCGCGGCAGAAUUUUUUGAGUGAUUUGCGGGGCAUCUUCGACGUCAAGGGCGCGUCCUUGGAUCAGACGCUCGAGAAGCUCGAAGACGCCUUACUGAGCGCGGACAUCGGCGCGACGACCACGGACCAGAUUUUAGAUGACGUCAAGGGCGUGGCCCAAGCCCAGGGCGACUACACGGAGCAGGACGUCACGGCGAUUCUCCGCGGGCGCAUGGCCGAAGCGUUGAGCGCGGGCGGUCCCUCUUCCUUGACGAGCGCCGAGGCCGGCCCGACGGUCAUCCUUGUAUUAGGUGCGAACGGCAUGGGCAAGACGACGACCAUCGGGAAAUUGGCACGACGGUUACGGGCCGAAACGGGCCAGAAAGUUUUGUUGGCGGCCUGCGACACGUUUCGGGCCGCGGCCGUCGAGCAGCUCGAGGAGUGGGCGGCGCGCGCGGAGGUCGACAUUGUCGUACCAGACCAAGGUAUCGAGUCGCCGGCCGCCGCGGCGUACAAGGCCUGCGACGUGGCAUUACAAGGCGACUACGACGUCGUCAUCGUGGACACCUCGGGAAGACUAGUGAACAACCGCGCGCUGACCGCCGAACUCGACAAGAUCCGACGGACCCUGGAGAAGAAGAUCCCGGGCGCGCCGCACGAGUCGCUAUUGGUGGUGGACGCGGCCGUCGGCCGCAACGCGCUCGACCAGGCGCGCGGCUGGCAGCAGGACGUCGGCGUGACGGGCCUCGCCGUGACGAAGUUGGAUGGGACAGCUAGAGCGGGUUUUGUCGUGUCGGUCGUGCAGGACCUGGGCAUCCCCGUGAAACUGGUGGGCGUCGGCGAGACGCUCGACGACCUGCGCGACUUUGAGGGAGAGCGGUUUGUGGAUGCGCUGCUGGACGUGAACGACGCCGACGACCUGCGGGAGCGCUUCGCGCGCAUCGCCGCCGAGCGGGCGGCCGCGCCGGCUACGAUUUCCGUGCCGGCCGCGCCUUCUACUAUCUCCGCGCCGGCGGCGGCGGCCCGGCCGGCGAAGAAGAAGUCCAAGAAAAAGAAGGCCAAAAAACGGAGGUGAGUAAUAUAGUUAGUAGCAUGGGGCGACGCGUCUACUUGGACGGCGACUUCUUGGGGGACAGCUUCUUGGGCGAGAAGCUAAAGGAGCUCUUCUUCUUCGCCGGCGCGGUGGCGACGCCGCCGCGCGCCACGAGCCAGGCGUGGGCCGCGGCGUGGCCCUUGGCCUGGGCGACGUGCGUCGGCGUCUCGCCCGUCGUCGCGGGCGCGUCGAUCUUGGCGCCGGCGCUCACGAGCAUCUCGAGGGCCUCGACGUUGCCGCACUCGGCCGCGACGAAGACCAUGUUCUUGCCGGCCUUGCGCGCCUUGUCGACGUCGCAGCCGCUCGCCUCGAGCACGGCGCGGAC